AUGGCCAAUUUCAGAUCCAAAAUGAGAAAACGCAAAGUACCAUGUCCUGAGCUUAACAUCAACACAUUGGGAGGAAAAUCGCAUGACGACAGAAACCCUGCAGAGAACUGCAAGAAGCCAAAGAGAGCAGAGGUGAACUACCUCCCUCCACAUCCAAGUGGAGAAACCAAUGACAGUCUGGAGAUCCUCAGACAGGAACUUCUUAAUGAUGUUAAGAUGAAAAGCAAUACAAAAGUGAUACAAAAAAAGAUGGCCAGAACAUUCUCCUAUCGAAGACUCGAAGUUGUGAGUGGUAGUCCAACUGCAAAUGAUUUGAAAGACAGAUGGCCUGCUUUGUUUUAUGAAGCUGAGAUCAAAGAGGAGUUCUGCAGAAUCACCACAAUUUCCCUGGAGCAGACCUUCAUGUUGAAACUGGACCAGUACACUCCAAAAAUCAUUGGCCUUAUAGAAGCAAAGGGAGGAGUCAUUGGGGCCAAACUUAGGCCAUUUCUGCACAAGCUUAGUCAGAACCAGAGCAUUGAAAUGAAGCGUGAAACAGUCAUCCGUGGGCUUAUAGUGUACCUUGGAGAGAAACCGGAGGAACUUAUUGAGGAUUGCCUGGAGAACUGCCGCAGUUAUGACUUACGUCACAUUCUCAAGAUACUGGUUGUCCAUGGUACUGAUGGAGAGGAUCCAGUUGAAGUUUCAAUUUUUCUUGAAGGCCAGGAGAUUCUGUCAGAAUGUGGCUGUACUGCUAAGGCAUGCGCACUCCUUAUGGGGUUGAUAUAUGCUCUCAACCUUGCUUAUCCCACAGCACUACGUUACACUUUUGAGGUGUUUCAGAAAAUUUUCUUGGAACUCGAUGGCAUCAAGUUAUCCUCAAAAGUAAACGCGUUAAAGACAAAGCUGCCGUCUUAAAUCUAAUGGAAAAUGCUUUGCUGCUGCAGCCAUGCCCUGAAGCACUUUAACUGAAGAUGGGUGCAGUUUUCACUGAGACUGUAAACACCAUGUAAAUACAUACAGCAGCUUUCUGUUAUGUUGGUUUCUGCAUUUACAUUUAGUUCUCUAUAAACACAUCUGCAGUGGCCGCCUUUAAUCCUUUUUCUCCAAAAGACUGAUAUGGUUAAAUAUGGACAGGACCAUUUGAUACUGCAAACUUAAUGUUGUUGGGUGAUGUUUUGUGUGUCAGUGUUAAUAUUUGCAUACUACAAAUCCUGGAAACCAAACAACCAAAGUUUUUUUUUUUUUUUUUUGAUAACUUAUAGUGGUUAAUUUUCUGUCAUUUCAUAUU